AACCAAACCGUAAGCCUCGCCCUCCGCUAACCACAACUACCAUGGCCAAGCUCGCCACGGCCCGAGACUGCCGCGUAUACGGCCCACGGCCCAUCCGUCACCGCUGGGAGUACAUCAACGCCGGCAUCUACGUAUUCGCCACCGCCCUCCUCGUCGCCGGUUUCUCAUCCCAGCUCUCCGCCGCUCCCCUCGCCAACAUGACGGGCCUCGUCGUAGUCCUCAUCGGUAUUUCGCUCGUCGCGGUUGUGAAUGGCCAUGAUCUCGUCGCGCACAUGGCGGGAAUUGAUUAUUGUGUUACUCUUAUUGAGUUUGAUCCGCAGUUGGCGCUUGUUGAGUUUGGAGUUCCGCUGGUUGUGAUCGUUGGAUGUGUGCUGGGGUUCACGGGGGUUCUGCUCGUGUUGGUCCAGAUGGCGAGAGGGUAUAGCUACAAGCUAGAGAAGCAUGCCCUCAAUUUGUUGAUCGCAGCCCCAGCAUGUUGGGUCUUAGGUUCAAUCCAGAAUCUGUGCCAAGUCUACGAGAGAUCCAACGGCCAUGUCCAGUUGCUGCAGAAGAGUGUUCAGAUUCCUUUUCUGAUGGCGAGUCUGCUGUUCUUGGUGGGAGGGUUUUUUAAUCAACAUCAUGUCUAUGGUUCUAUGCUGCUGGCGAAGAGUUGGAUUUGGUUAUGCAUAUUCGGGAGCUUGCUAUUUUUCGUCGGCGGGCUUCUGCACGUAGGAAAAGUGUUCAAGAUGCAGCAAAUGGACGGAAUGAGAUUAGAGAAGCUCCGAGGCGGAGCAUUAGAAAGACUUGUUAGAGAAAGAGAAGGAAAGGUUCCUCUAAUCCUCAAAGAAAAUAGAAGAAGGCGACGGCUGGGGGAAGAAGAGGAUCUACAGGUUCAGCCUCCUCCUGUUCCUGCGUCUUCAUAUAAGGAAACCCCCUAUAAAGAUGUGCUCAUCGGCGGCAGAAGCCUAGUCUGAAAUGGCUUUAUUUUCUUGUGAUGAGAUGGCAAUGGCAUUAGUUGUACUCAGAGAUAUCAGACAUUAUUAUGUGCAGUUGCAGAAUAUGGCUUUGCGUUUCCUUUUCCUAUCGUGUGCAGAUGUGGAUAGUUGCUCCUCUGUAGGAUGAGUAAAUAAGUAACAUUUU